GAUAUCAGUAGCUUUACAAAAUCCAUACGCGCUAGAUGAUACACGCUGCUGCUGAGACGUGUCAAAAUAAAUACGCGCUAUUAGAGGGCUCGCGCGCGACUGCGACUACGGAGAUUUUCUUCUUUCUUUCAUGAUUCGAUCGCUAGUUGGCGCAAUUUUUGCGGGAGUGAAGAGUUUGUAGGACAGAGUGUUGGUUUUUCGAUCGUCGUCUUUCUUACGGCACGAGUCCAGUGGUAAAGUGACGACGGUGCCAACUUGCCGUCGCACAUGCAUGGGUGAAUCGAGUUUCGCGGUGAGCAUAAUUCGUUCGCGAGUGUUUUCCUGAACUAAUCCGGACAAUUUUGUGCGAUUCAAUGGUUCAAACGAGUGACGAUGAAAAGUAAUAGAUGUGUGUUUUGGUGAUUUAUUUUGUUUUGUUGGAAGAAAAUAUUACGCAAACAUGCAACUCAAAUUUGGUUUUAAGAGGUGAUUAGAGCAUAGCGACCAUCUCCUUGGAUUAACGUACUGUGAAAAGUGUGAAUUUCCGGUGGCCAUAAGUGUGAUAAUGUUGGUGACUGCGGAAGCGUGGCGUCGAAGAAGAUAAAAGAUAUGACGUAUUGCUAAUUUGAUGUAUUCUAGUUUAAAACCUCUGCUAACCAGUUUGUUGUCGCACAAGUUGCAGUAAAGGCGACACAAUUGGUCCAAAAUUGCACCAAACACAAACAAUCUGGCGGUGGUUAGACAACCAUCAAUGGCCGUUGGGCCACCGACGGGAGGAUCAGGAAAUCCUCCACAAGCACCAGUCCAGCCACAUCCGAUUCUAGCACCGAGCCCGUUAUUUGCCUUACCGACACUGAACUUUACUGCGUCGCAGGUUGCGACCGUUUGCGAGACACUGGAGGAAUCCGGCGACAUCGAGCGACUGGCGCGGUUCCUAUGGAGCCUCCCGGUAGCUCAUCCGAACGUUUCGGAACUAGACCGAUCGGAGGCAGUGCUGCGAGCGAGAGCUAUUGUCGCGUAUCACACGGGACACUUCAGGGAAUUAUACACGAUACUGGAGCGGCACAAGUUUACCAAAUCGUCGCACGGUAAAUUGCAGGCGAUGUGGCUAGAGGCACAUUAUCACGAGGCGGAAAAAUUACGCGGUCGACCGUUAGGUCCCGUCGAUAAGUAUCGCGUCCGGAAAAAAUUUCCGCUACCCCGGACAAUCUGGGACGGUGAACAGAAGACCCACUGCUUCAAAGAGCGAACGCGGAGCCUGCUGAGAGAGUGGUAUCUGCAGGAUCCGUACCCGAACCCGACCAAGAAGCGGGAACUGGCUCAGGCCACCGGUCUCACACCGACACAGGUGGGAAAUUGGUUUAAAAAUAGACGCCAACGGGAUCGAGCCGCAGCGGCGAAAAAUAGACACAACCAACCACCUCUAUCUGGUUCAGGGGCAACCUCAGUAACGCCACGUCGUGGGGAAGCGCCUCUAUCUCCAACGGACACUGAUUCGGACUCGGAUAUAUCCCUUGGAACUCAUUCGCCUAUCCCGAGUAUGUCGUUGCAGCACAGCCCCAGCUCUCUGCCUGGCUCUAGUGAAGAUCGUCUGAAUGACGAAAGGGAUCGAGAGAAAGAUUUCCGUAGUUUUGCCUCUCUGCACUCGUUCCGUUUUGGAGAUCAUCUGGCAGGCGGUUUCUUACCUGGCUCGUUCAAUAACAGAUUUAUGCCUUAUCGCCUCGGUGACAACUCGCCUCCGAUCAAUACUCACUCACCCCCAAUAGGCCUGACACAUCUUCCAAUCACUCCGACCGUACUUCGGCCGCAGCCUCAUUUACCAGCAUCGCUCUCCGUGACGGCACCGACGGCCACAACCACCUCGAUGAGUGAGUCCCCAAAUAGUAACAGCAGCGCCACCACCAGCUCUAUCAACAACGGUCCUAGCGGAUUAGCAGCGGCAGCAGCAGCCGCAGCGGCGGCAUCUGUAGCAGCCAAUGGUAAUACACCGCUGAUGGCACCAAUGUCACCACUCAGAAUACGGGUCAGUUCACCGACACGGCUCAAUUCGGACCUGCUGCAACACAGCGCGCACCAUCAGAGCCUCAUGAACGGCUUGAAUGCUAGUGGAAUCGUUCGGAUUGUUCCUAACACAACGACCAGUCUUCUUCACCGGCCAUUUUCACCGUCGCCCAAACCGAAGGAGGCAUCGUGAUAAAUUUCACCGUCGCACCUUUCGCCGGGUAAACGUUCCGAGUGCGGUAACCUUAGUAGUUGAUUAAUGUAAUAAAAAAAACCGAAAGGAAAAAACAGGGAGCGAGCGUGCUAAAACGGAGUUGGAACUAAAGCAAAUAAAUCUCCUAAAAGUUGUUACUAAAGCCAUAACGAUAAAGCAAAUUGUAUGCUUUUAAGUAAGACAUAUUUCUAUAUGAAAGCGCUGCUUUUGGUAAAUUAGAUUUACUUUAAAACUUUCGGAAAAAUCACGUCAUAUUUAUUUCACUUUUACGAUCGAUGCUACAUAAUGUAGCGAAAGAACUGAGGAAAAACACCCUGCCUAUGUAAACUGUAGUAAUGCUUCUAGUGUAUGCGUGCGUUGGGCGGUUCGAUACACUACCACGAUGAGCAGCCUGGGCCGCUCAUGCGUUAUAGUGCUCACGAACCGAACGAUGGCAGCACUGCAUUGACUGGAUGCAACAUUUCCCCGAUCGACGCUUCAUUUGUCGCAUCAGAUGGUCGCGCCACGAGAAGGGGAAAUUAUAAAUUUUCCUCACUCGCACGAGCACAAUUUGUUCGUAGUCAUUAAAGUAAUACCAUGAAGACUAUCCAAGUCGCAAAAAUCAAUAAUAUGAACGUGCACUAGUUUAAAUGUAGAAAAAAUUAUUUAAAUUAAAUUAAAACAGAAGAAAACUCUUGUACAUAACAAAAAGGUAAACAUUCGAAGCAAAUAUCGUAACAUUAAUUAUGACAACGGAUUUAAAACGCCGAUACAGGGGUAGCGUAUAAUGCACAGAAAGGGCGAACCAGCCACACAAAGAUGGAAACCUAAAACAAUACAAAACCACAUUCAAACGUAUGAAAAUGUUGAAAAUGAAUAUGGAGAUAGUAAAAUGGGAAUAAUUGACCUAAAGUAGUGCUAAUUACUCAUCGACUUUGUUCGUACCACCCGAAGAGACGCAUUAGGCAUUUCACUUUUCCACUUUUUAGUUCAUCACUUGGGUUCACUUCUCUGGGACAAAAGAAGGCCGCAGUUUUCAAGCUACAGCAACAGAACGCUUCGAUUGCACUCUGUCUGACAUGAACGUGAAUAUCGAAGCGGGCAUGAAAAGACAUUAAUUUAUAUGUGAACGAAAAGCAAGCAGCAACAGCUGAGCGAAAAAAAAUUCCAUUUGCAGGCAAAAAUCGGCUCGGACCUCAAGCAAGAAACGUAAACUAAAAGCACAGCAGUAGCGUGUAGGACAACAAUUAUAAGCAAGCACACUAAUAACAGAAAAUAGUUUUACAAGAGAUGAAAGCAACAGCUAGCACAAAACGCUUAGUGGAGAAGAUACUGCAUUGGUAAAACUAACUAGUACACACAAAAUGGUAUAAAGUGGAGAGGAAGUCGGACAAAUAUAUCUACAUAUAUUGUAAAUAAAUUGCUGCAAUCAAAUUAUAUUAAUUAUAACGGUAAUAAAUUAAUUAAACUGAA